AUGGAGAAUACGCGAGUAUUUGUCUCUGGGCUUCCGCCCACACUUACCAAUGAUGAGCUGGGCAAGCACUUUGCUGCUCGCUUCCAAGUAACGGACUCUCAUGUCAUUCCCAAUCGCCGCAUCGGCUUUGUGGGAUUUAAGGAUGCAGAUGUUGCCAUGCAGGCUGCAAAGUACUUUAACAGGACAUAUCUUCGCAUGUCCAAGAUCUCGGUCGAAAUGGCUCGUCCGCUAACCACAGAGCAGGCUGGAGAGAGCAAACCCGUAAAAAAUAGAACACGUUCCGAACAAGACACCACCUCUACUAAUCUUAAGCGCAAGCGUGACACAGAUGACUCAAAGAAUGACGCGAAGCUCCAGGAGUUUCUCAGUGUGAUGCAACAUACUUCAAAGACGAGGACAUGGGCAAACGACGAUGAUCUAAUUCAGCCUGUGGCUAAUGUACCAAUAAAUCCUACGGCUCCUGAGACACUUGAAAAUGGCAAAGAGGGACUAUCUCACCCUAAUAAAAAGUCUAAAGUGAACGAAGCCACCACCGCUUCCCAUCAAACUCGGGAAACCCCAGCAGUUCCUGUUGACACCAGAAUACAGUCAAAUGCUGACCAAGCCCAACAACAUCAAGAAGCUGAUGGAGUCAACGAGGAGACUCCAAAUGCGGAAGAUGAAAAAGAAGAAGAACAACCGAAAUCUGAUGCGGACUGGCUUAGAUCAAAGACAAGUCGCCUCUUGGGUCUUCUUGACGAGGAGGUACAGGCAGAUCUACCCACCCGGUCUGCUGCACCGACUAGUAAAAUUCAACCUGUUGAAGAAGACAGCGAUGAGCCUGAAGCAUCGCCUGCCGCGGAAGAGGCCGUUGAGGCUGCCGAACAGAAGGAAUACAAUGCCGACAUUGAACUUAUUCGUAUCUCCGGUCGACUAUUCCUUCGCAAUCUCGCAUAUGGCGCUACCGACGCAGAUUUGGAAAAGAUCUUUGCUCCAUUUGGAAAAAUUGAUGAGAUACACGUCGCCGUCGACACUCGCACAACGUCUAGUAAAGGCUUUGCGUAUAUACAGUAUGUGGACCCAUCGUCGGCCAUCGCGGCGUAUAAGGAUCUCGAUGGAAAAGAUUUCCAGGGUCGUCUGCUUCACAUUCUCCCAGCUUCUGCGAAGAAGUCUUACAAAAUUGAUGAAUAUGAACUGUCGAAGUUGCCCUUGAAGAAGCAAAAGCAGAUCAAGCGCAAAAUGGAAGCCUCUUCGGCAUCUUUCAAUUGGAAUUCUCUAUAUAUGAAUACCGAUGCAGUCAUGACAUCAGUAGCAGACAGGUUGGGAGUGUCAAAGGCAGACCUGCUUGAUCCUACUUCUUCAGAUGCAGCCGUUAAGCAGGCGCAUGCCGAAACACAUGUGAUUCAGGAGACAAAAGCCUACUUCACUGCGAAUGGCGUAAACAUAGAUUCUUUCAAACAACGCGAGCGCGGCACAACAGCAAUACUAGUUAAGAAUUUCUCCUAUGGAGUAAAGUUAGCCGAGUUGAGAAAACUUUUCGAACCUUUCGGGCAACUGACUCGCCUGCUCAUGCCUCCCAGUGGCACUAUCGCUAUAGUGGAGUUCGCAAGACCCGACGAGGCUCAAAAAGCAUUCAAAGGGUUGGCGUAUCGAAAACUGGGGGAUUCUAUCUUGUUCCUCGAGCGUGCACCGAAAGACCUAUUCGAAUCUCCAGCCACAGCAUCAGACUCUGUUUCUGAUGUGCAAGGACUGCAGGCUAGGACCCAAGGCUUUUCUGCUGCAGAUACGUUUGCUGCAGAGGACAACGAGGCACAACUACCUACAUCAACACUGUUUGUCAGGAACUUGAAUUUUACUACGACCACGGCACGUCUUUCCGAGGUCUUCCAAUCUUUGGAUGGGUUCUUGUCAGCCAAAGUCAAAACAAAGACCGAUCCAAAACGGCCAGGGGAGACGCUCAGCAUGGGGUUCGGUUUUGUCGAAUUCCGCACCAAAGAGCAAGCCCAGGCGGCAUUGGCUGUUAUGGAUGGCUACACCCUGGACCAGCACAAGCUUGUGGUUAAGACGUCCCAUAAGGGCCUAGAUGCGGCAGAGAGUAGACGGCAAGAAGACACAGCAAAGAAACUGGCGGCGAGACGAACAAAGAUUAUCAUCAAAAACUUGCCAUUUCAAGCGACAAAACACGAUGUUCGGUCCUUGUUUGGCGCGUACGGACAGCUUCGCUCUGUGCGCGUACCAAAGAAAUUCGACCGUUCAGCUCGUGGAUUCGCGUUUGCUGACUUCAUAAGCUCUCGCGAGGCAGAGAACGCCAUGGAUGCCUUGAAAAACACCCAUCUUUUGGGGCGAAAGUUGGUUCUAGAAUACGCUUCUGCCGAGGCCAUCGAUGCUGAAGAGGAGAUCCGUAAGAUUGAGAAGAAGACUGGUCAACAGGUCGACAGGCAGAAACUCCAGAGUCUUACCGGAACAGGGAGGAAGAAGUUUGUAGUAGGGGCAGCCGAGGACGAGGGUUAA